CAGGGCGGGAGCGAGCGAAAUUCAAUCCUCCGCCGAGAUAAAUUGGAGGCCAAGCUGCCGGGUCAUGGAGGUGUCCCGGGGUUUAGCGGAAGCCCAGGUCUUAAGCCCAGAGCAGGCUGCCCGUUACCUGAGGUACGUGAAAGAGGCCAAAGAAGCAACUAAGAAUGGAGAUCUGGAAGAAGCAUUCAAACUGUUCAAUUUGGCAAAGGACAUUUUUCCUAAUGAAAAGGUGAUGAGCAGAAUCCAAAAAAUACAGGAAGCCUUGGAGGCGUUGGCAGACCCCGGGGAUGACGAGUUCACGGACGUGCGCGGUUCCGGCCUGCUGCUGUAUCGAGAACUGCACGACCAGCUGUUCGAGCACCAGAAGGAAGGCGUAGCUUUCCUCUACAGCCUCUACAGGGAUGGAAGGAAAGGCGGCAUCUUGGCCGAUGACAUGGGAUUAGGGAAGACCGUUCAGAUCAUCGCUUUCCUUUCCGGUAUGUUUGACGCUUCACUUGUGAAUCACGUGCUGCUGAUCAUGCCAACCAGUCUCAUCAGCACGUGGGUAAAAGAGUUUGACAAGUGGACUCCAGGAAUGAGAGUCAAAACCUUCCACGGUCCUAGCAAGGAUGAACGUACCCGAAACCUCCGUCGGAUUCAGCACAGGAACGGCGUCAUUAUCACGACCUACCAAAUGCUAAUCAAUAAUUGGCAGCAGCUCUCAAGCUUGGAUGGCCAAGAGUUUGUGUGGGACUAUGUCAUCCUUGAUGAAGCGCAUAAGAUCAAAACCUCAUCUACUAAGUCGGCGCUGUGUGCCCGGGCCGUGCCUGCCAGCAACCGCAUCCUCCUCACGGGGACCCCAAUCCAGAACAACUUACAAGAACUGUGGUCCCUGUUUGAUUUCGCUUGUCAGGGGUCCCUGCUGGGAACAUUGAAAACUUUUAAAAUGGAGUAUGAAAAUCCUAUUACUAGAGCACGGGAGAAGGAUGCCACCCCAGGGGAAAAAGCCUUGGGAUUAAAAAUAUCAGAAAACUUAAUGGCAAUCAUCAAACCCUAUUUUCUCAGGAGGACUAAAGAAGAGGUCCAGAAGAAACAGCCAGGCGACCCAGAGGUCAGACUUAGUGAAAAGAACCCAGGUGUCGAUGCCACUAAUGAAAUGCCUUCGCUUUCCAGGAAAAAUGAUCUAAUCAUUUGGAUCCGCCUUGUGCCUUUACAAGAAGAAAUAUACAGGAAAUUCGUGUCUCUAGAUCACAUUAAGGAGUUGCUAAUGGAGACACGCUCACCUCUGGCCGAGCUCGGCAUCUUAAAGAAGCUGUGUGAUCAUCCUAGGCUGCUGUCUGCGCGGGCUUGUCACUUGCUGAAUCUGGAGGAUGUCACAUUCCCCGUUGAAGAUGAAGGUGAGGACAAAGAGGCUUCAGAUGUGGACCAUAUUAGUCAAGUAACUGAUGUUACACUGAUGAAGGAAUCUGGAAAAAUGAUAUUUCUCAUGGACCUGCUCGAGAGACUGCGAGACGAAGGGCAUCAGACUCUCGUGUUUUCCCAGUCCAGACAAAUUCUAAACAUCAUCGAACGCCUCUUAAAGAACCGGCACUUUAAGAUCCUGCGAAUCGAUGGAACGAUUACUCACCUCGUGGAACGAGAAAAAAGAAUUAACUUAUUCCAGCAAAAUAAAGAUUACUCUGUUUUCCUGAUUACCACACAAGUAGGUGGCGUUGGCUUAACGUUAACUGCAGCGACGAGAGUGGUCAUCUUUGACCCUAGCUGGAAUCCUGCGACCGACGCUCAAGCUGUGGAUCGAGCUCACCGGAUUGGACAGAGAGAAAACGUCGUGGUUUAUAGGCUCAUCACUUGCGGCACUGUGGAGGAGAAGAUAUACAGAAGACAGGUUUUCAAGGACUCGUUAAUAAGACAAACCACUGGUGACAAGAAGAACCCAUUCCGGUACUUCAGCAAACAGGAGUUAAGAGAGCUCUUCGCAAUCGAGGAUUUCCAGAAGUCGGCCACCCAGCUGCAGCUGCAGUCACUGCACGCGGCGCAGCGGAGGUCCGAUCGCAGGCUGGACGAGCAUAUCGCCUACCUGCACACCCUGGGCAUAGCCGGCGUCUCGGACCACGACCUGAUGUACACCCAGGACCUGCCUGCCAAAGAAGAGCUGGACGUCAUCGAAGAAUCUCAGUAUAUCCAACAGAGGGUCCAGAAAGCUCAAUUCCUUGUUGAAUGUGAGUCUCAGAACACAGAGCUCUUGCUGGAAAGAGAGCGAGCCGCCCACCAGGGCCUAUGGCGCAGAGAAGCAGAGUUUCCUUCUCAGACCAAGGCGAAACGCCCGGAAUCCAAGAAACCGCAGGCCGAGCCUUCAGCCCUUCCGAGCGCCCGGCUCACGUGGGAAGAAGAAAUCAGCUCCCAAAUGGCCGGUGUCGCCCUUGGCGAUCUGCCCGAAACGGGUGACAAGGCGGGUCUGCCCAGUAUAGAGAUGAGCGUCGUCGUCCCGCAAGACGCAAGGCUCCCACGAGGCACCGAGCUCGGGGCCGACUUCGCAGAGGCUCCGCCCGCGGGCUCAGACGGUGUGGAGGAAAUCUCGACUGACUUCUCACUGGGAGUGGCCGAGCCGCCGUGGGGACAGGCCCCGCCAGAGAGCCCCACGCGGAGCUCUCGUUUGUCACUUAGCACGUCUGCCACAGCCGAUCUCGCGCCAAAUGUAGAUGAAGUGCAGGACGUCGCGGUCUCACAGCGCUGGGAUCCCUGGGCCGCCGCCCCCACGACACAAGAGCAGCAGAGCACGUGCUCCGAUGCCUCUGGCAUUGACACAGCCGCCACCAGUGACUUGUCGGCGCCCCGCGGUGCGCCAGCCGAUGUGGCCGCGGCCGGAGGGGGUUCCGCAGCAUCCUCACCACAGUACGCGUGUGACUUCAACCUUUUCUUGGAAGACUCUGCGGACAGUGGGCGGGAUCCGUCCAGUCGGUCUUUGGAGCUUGUUGAGAAAGCAGGCGGCUCGGCAGCCCGUGUGGGAGCAGAGUUUGUGCGCAGCCACGCUGGGCUGAGCGCGGGGCUGUCCGGGGACGACCAGGACCCCGAAGAAGUGGUGACCGUGAAAGGCGGGCGGAAAACCAGAAGGAUCGUCUCCGACGAUGAAGACGACGGUGACAGCUUUCGAAGUGCUUCGGGCACAGAUUCACUCAGCACGUCUCCCUUUCGCUUACCUGUAAAGUUCUUUGAUGCUUCAACCCCCAAAAGUGACGUCAGUCCACCUGGAAGGUUCUUUUCCCCUCUGCUGACUGAUAGCAUAAAUAAGUCUGCGAAGUCUCGAAGGUCCCUGGCUUCCCGGAGGUCUGUCAUUAACUUGGUGUUGGACCACGUGGAGGACAUGGAGGACGGGCUGGAGACCAGCGCCGAGGCCCAGGGAGCUGCGCCGGGUCCGCGGGCGGGAGCGGAGGGAAGCAGUGGCGAAGCCUCGGACUCUGCAGGAGAGGAACCUUCCAGAGAAACCCUGUCUCCGGAAAACAAGUCCAGCUGGCCAACUGCGCCUCAGCCUGCUGCCCUGGUUGUGGAGGCCUCCCCUGGGGGCUCGGGGAGCCCCGAGCCCCCCACUGCCGCACAAGCGGUCGGCGGUCCUCAGGGUGAGGCGGCGCGGGCUGCCCGCGACUACGAGAGCCUCGUAGCGCGUGGAAAAGCGUUGAGAGAGGCGGGGAGGCUGCAGGAGGCCUUGAGCUGCUUCGUGGAGGCGCUCGACAUCCGAAGCGCAGACCCCGAAGUCAUGCUCAUGACCUUAAGUCUGUAUAAGCAACUUAACUCAACUUGAGAAUGUCGCCCGUUGGCUGCAGUUCCGGUGGGACUGAGUACGAGGUCAUCUGCUCUUAUCGGAUGCUCUGCACGCGUGAAGCAUUCGGGCUUAAGGCCAGAGCGCACUCAGAAGGCAACUUUCUCUUUGGAGCUUUUCUGGAAAUUCUGCCUUCAUCCCGUGCUCCUGCCCCCCACCGCACCCCGAUACAUGGAUUCUGGUAUCCUGAGCGCUAGGUGAAUAUUACUUGACUCAAAUAUUCUUACAUUUUUCUUAUAGGCAUGCUCCGUCAGCUUAAUACUACUGUGUUAUUUCUAGAGAACUUUUCAUAAAACGUUUCUGGCCAUUGCUAAUUUUAUUUUGAGAAAGCGCUUUUGUCUAUUGCAGUUCAGAUGAGAUUAUUAAAGUUACUUUUCUCAAGUGC